AUAAACAUAUGAAACAGGCCUAAGUGAAACUAAUGUGAACUCAAAUAAAUUGUAAAACUAGUUAAAUCCAGGUAAGUGAUUUUAUUUUAUUUUUAUUUUUUUUUGAGGGAUCCAAAUAAGUGAAAUUAAGAAUGUGAAACAAAUUAAAAACACGACAUUAUUUGUAUGAUCUCCUUCAAAUCAUUAUUUCCAUAUUUGUUAAUUUUUUUUAAUACAUUUUUUUAUGAUUUAUCUCCUCUAAAAGACAAAUACAUAGUAUCCUUCUGAAUCACUAUGAUUUAUUGAUUUUGUCCCUAAUAAAGACUGAUUAUUACUCUCAUUUAUUUAUUCUUUCAAAAAAAAAAAAAAAAAAAAAACACUCUCAUUUAUUUAUAUAUAUGAUCCUUUCCCAAUUUGGAAAUGAAGAAAUAAACAUUCACACGGAUUAAUUGAUUUAUGAUCGAUGAAUUUUACUUCCUAUAAUAUAUACUUUAUACAAGUAUUUAAUACUCAUACUAUUCAUUUGAAUUUGCAUAUAUUGUUUUAUGAGUUAAAAAUAAUAUAAUACAUUAAAAAAAUUAAUUAAAUAAAACCUAAAAAUAUCAACUUGUUUCUCAAGUGCUAAGGACACAGAUAGUACGCGGGCUCCUGAGUUUGAGGAACCUUAAUGCUAUCUCAUUUAUCUCACUUUCCUAGAUUAAACUUACAUUUUCUCAAACUCUUUAUAUAUAUAUAACUAUCAACCUUUUCUCAAAUUUUCCAAACCAAAAAAAAAAAAAAAAAAAAAAGAAAAAAAGAAGUCUCAGAAAUUAGUGAAUGGGUGAAAGAAAAAUCAAUCGUUAUGACUCUCUUGAUGUCGAAUCUGCUAAAGUUAAAGGCAAUCAUGCUCAUGCUGCUAAGGAUGUAAGUUGGGGAGUGAUAUUGACUUUGGCAUUCCAAAGUAUUGGAGUAGUUUUUGGAGACCUUGGAACAUCACCAUUGUACGUGUAUUCGAGCACGUUUCCUAACGGGGUUAAACACAGAGAAGACAUUGUUGGAGUUCUUUCUCUCAUCUAUUAUACACUUACUUUGAUGCCCGUUGUCAAAUAUGUCUUCAUCGUCUUAAAGGCUAAUGACAAUGGCAAUGGUGGAACUUUUGCGUUAUAUUCUCUAUUAUGCCGAAAGGUGAAAGUUGGUUUGUUACCAAAUCAACAAAAGGAAGAUCGGGAAGUAGCAUAUUAUGAAAAUCAUCAAUCAUCAAAUAAUAGAGAAAGAAGGGGAUUGUCUUCUAAGGUUCAAAACUCCUUAGAAAAUAGUUCAUUUGCCAAAUAUACUCUCUUAUUUGCCACACUUCUUGCUGUUUCACUUGUUAUUGGAGAUGGUGUUUUUACUCCUUGUAUGUCAGUUUUAUCUGCUAUUGGAGGGAUCAAAGGAGCUUCACCUGCUUUAACUGAUAAAAUGGUUGUUUGGAUGUCAAUUGUCAUCUUAAUCUUCCUCUUCAUGAUGCAAAGAUUUGGAACUGAUAAAGUCGGAUAUAGUUUCGCUCCUAUUCUUACCCUUUGGUUUAUAUUCAAUGGUGUUGUUGGCAUCUACAAUUUCAUCAAACACGAUCCAUUAGUUAUUAGGGCCGUAAAUCCAUGGGAAUUCAUUCAGUACUUCAAGAGGAAUGGCAAAGACGGUUGGUCCUCUCUUGGCGGUAUCAUCCUCUGUAUCACCGGAACUGAAGCAUUAUUUGCUGAUCUUGGACAUUUUUCAGUUCGAUCAAUCCAAAUAAGUAUGACUGCAAUUGUAUACCCUGCUAUUAUCUUGCAGUAUACUGGUCAAGCAUCUUACCUUAGCAAUCAUUCAUGGGAUGUUGGAAACGCUUUCUACAAAUCAGUACCAGCUCCAUUAUACUGGCCGAUGUUUGUCGUGGCAGUCUUGGCUGCAAUCAUAGCUAGCCAAGCAAUGAUAUCGGCGACUUUCUCUAUCAUCCAUCAAUCUCUGGCUCUAGGAUGCUUUCCUCGGGUCAAAGUUGUACACACAUCGGCCAAAUUUGAAGGCCAAGUUUAUAUACCAGAACUCAACUAUCUGCUCAUGUUUGCAUGUAUUUUUGUUGCACUUGGAUUUGGAACUAGCACAAAUAUUGGCAAUGCUUACGGAAUCGCGGUUGUCUUUGCAGAGGCUAUAACCUCGUCAUUUAUGAUACUUGUAUGGAAGACGCAUAUAAUACUUGUGCUUUUGUAUGCCUGCUGCAUUUUGUCCGUUGAGUUGGUUUACUUGAGCGCGGUUUUCUCCAAGUUUGUUCAUGGGGGAUAUCUUCCAAUAGUAUUUGCUUUAGUAUUAAUGACCAUGAUGUUCACAUGGAAUUAUGCCUAUAGGAAGACUUACUAUUAUGAGCUCGACAACAAGGUUUCAACUGAGAAACUCAGAGAAAUAGUUGAUCAGGCUAAUUUGUGUCGUGUUCCGGGCUUGGCUAUCUUCUACUCACAACUUGUCCAUGGCAUCCCACCCAUCUUUGCAUGCUACUUGGGGAAUGUGAAUGCCUUACACUCUGUCCUUGUUUUUACGACAAUCAAGUCGUUGCAUAUCAGCAAGGUACCACAAGAGGAACGGUUUCUCUUCCGAAGGGUCGAUCCAAAGGCUCUUUUGUUUCGGUGUGUGGUUAGAUAUGGUUACACAGAUAUUCAUGAUGAUGCAGAAGGGUUUGAGAGGUUAUUGAUCACAAAAUUGGUUGAGUUCAUCAGAAUAUACGAAAAGACAAAUGAAGAGAAAACCCUUGCACAUAAUAAUAAUGAAGAUUUAAUACAGAGUGACGUAUGUAAUGAAGAAUUGGCAGAAGAGAUCGAACAAGAAGUAGAGAUGGUUCAAAAGGCAGCAAAUCUUGGGGUAGUGCAUAUGAUGAGUGAAAGCGAAGUGAUUGCGAAAAAAGAUUCGAAUGUUGUAAAGAAGCUUGCAAUCAACUAUGGAUACAGCUUCUUGAAGAGGAAUGUGAGGCGAAGUGAUGAGGUAUUUAACAUACCUCGUGCUCGGUUACUAAAAGUUGGGAUGACAUAUGAGCUCUAGCUAGCUUGAGGUUAUUUGUAAACUACCCAUCAUAAAUCAGCUAUUUCUUUAGGGUAGAUGUUACUGAUGUUGUUUAAGUAUUGAUUAUUGACACAUUUGGUAUUUGAGAGGGUUUAUGCCAAGUUCAAUGCUAAACAUGAAUGCAAUUUCUUACCAAGGCUCCUUGCUAAAUUAUGUAGCAUUUUCAAUUUUGAAACCUCUCAAAGGUCUUUGUGAUCAGUCCACAAACCUACACACAUAUAAACACUUGCGCAUUUAGUCCACAAAUCCACA